AGGGGAGAGCAGAGGGCAGCAGAACAGGGGCUAGGGUCCCAGAACAGCGGAGCAGGAGAGACUCACACACACACGGCUGCACAUCUCUGGACAACUUUUUUGGGAAUACAUAUUUGAUUUGCCUUUUUUUUUUUUCAGAGCAAGAUUUCCCAGAAAUUGCAGACAUGAGCAGGUGCCAGGGCUCCGGAGCAGGGCAGCAGGGGGAGAUGAGCCGUGGAGGAGCGCUGCUGUGGGCGGCCCGCCACUAGCUCCACCACCAGCUCCACCACCAGCCCCACCACCAGCCCCAGUAGCUCCACCACCAGCUCCACCACCAUCUCCACCACCAGCCCCACCAGCCCCAGUAGCUCCACCACCAUCUCCACCACCAGCCCCACCACCAGCCCCAGUAGCUCCACCAGCCAGCUCCACCAGCAGCUCAAGUAGAACCAACCAGCCCCACCACCUCCACCAGCGGCUCCACCAGCGACCCCAUCGCCUCCACCGCCGCCUCCGCCCGCGUCCGCAGCAGAGUCAGCCCGCGGAGGUCCGGCUGCACUGGGCCGGCCCGGCCCGCCAACGACCCCCCCUCCUCUCCCCCCGGGCUGCAGGAUGCUCAGUCCUCUCGCCUCAUACAGUCUGUUGAAGAUGCACUGGUCUCCGGAGCACAACAGCCCUUUGUCCCCGUGGCCUGAGCAGCACCUAGAUGUCUCUUCUACCACCUCCCCCCCCGCUGCUCACAAACAUGACCCCUACGCCGCACGCCGCGGCGCCACUGGGUACCCCUGGGCCAGCGACGACAUCUCAGCUCUCACCGCCUCGUCUCUGCUCAAACGCUACGCCGAGAAAUACUCAGGACUCGAGCUGCCCUAUGAGAGGCACACUCCCGGGGCGUAUCUUGAGCCUGGGCCUUUCCUGAAAUCUGAACCCGAGCCCUGGGCUCUGGGCCCGGGUAUGGAGUGUUACCCCGGACUAGAGGCCUUAACCGGUGCGAAGGUGGGCUCCGGGUCUGUCGGCAUCCCAGCCACGGGCAGCGUCACGGUAGUAAGCAACUUGGCCUCUGAUGGGAGUUACGGUGGGCCUGGCUCUUGCAGUGCCCCCUCCCCUCAGGACUACCCUCCUGCCUACAAUAGCACCUACCUGUCGGCGGGAUACUGCCCUCAGCCUGGGGCCGCUCUUCCCCCAGGCCCCCUGAACUCCCUGCAGCCCACGCCAACGCUGGUCCCCAGCUACAACCCCAGCACUCCAGUGUACAACUACCCUGGGGUGGGCUACCCACACGCCCAGCCCAGCCUGCCCUCUGGCUACUGCCACCCCAGUGCCUCCUACUUGCCCUCGGGCCUCGGCGCCCCGGCCCCUUUGGCGCCCCGGCCCACCCUGGUGGGGGGCGGGUACGGCUACCCUCCGCACGGCCUUGUAGGGGUCUCGGAGAGCGCGACGCCGGUGAAACGGAAGGCCUUCGAGAUGAGCGAGGGCGGGGGAGAGGGAGGGGAGGCUGAGGGAUCCCGGUACCGCAAGUACGGAAACGGCCACGGAAACAGCCACAGCAAGGGCCACGGCAACGGCUUCGACAUGAGCGGCUCCGUCCCGGACCAGCAGACCUACAAAGUGGGAAAAGCCCUGAUGACAUCACCGUACGGCGGGGCAGGGGACUACAGCCCCCCCUCAGGCCUGGCAAGAGAGAGUGGAUCCGGGGAGAACAGCUUCCCUCAUCUCCAGCGGAUGCCUAUGAAGAUACCGGCGUCCCACGCGAGGUCUGAGGAUGCCACCGGGGGGCGCUGACAGCCUGAACCGGUACCGGGGGUAACGGCCUAGGGUUGCCGAGUUCUAGAGUCAAAGUACGGGUAUUAAUUCAGGGCGAACUCUGGGAGAAUGGAUUUGGCAUUAAGUAUCUGUUUGAUUUAACCAGAGUGCAAAGGGCAAAGACACACACAUAUCCUACUCGACUUUGUCAUUUACACAAUUUUUGUUUUCUUCCAAGGGGUACUGGGGGGGGGGUUCCCAUUUGUUUAGGGUUAAAAAUGGGGCUGAGCCAAAUGAUUGAUAGAUUGUGUUACGAGUCAGAAAGGUCUGCCUGACUGUGUCUCUCAGGAUUCUAUUUAUUUCACUUCUGCGGCUGUGGCGUCUCCAAUCCAACCUACGUGUAGAGGUCGGAUUCACAGUGGAGCGUCCAUAUGUUGUUUGUAAUGAGCCUUGAACUGCAAUACUGUUCGCCGCAACACAGAUGUUAACUCAGACCAAAAAGUAAUGAUAGCAAUAACUGAAAGGCGAUGGUCGAUCUACUUCAGCACAAUCACUGCUACUUUACAAGCCGAUUCCAAAGCUCAGGGCCUCAGCCAGUGCUCGAGGCCUGAAUGUUCCUUCACUCAGAAGUUUUUGCAUUUGUUUCAUCGUCGUUUAACUAUCUUCUUUAUCUGUCUCUUUUCUCUGACCUCUUUCCCCCUUCCUAGUUUUCGCAAACCUUUUCAACAUUCACACUUGUUUUAUAGCACUGCUUAUUAAUUAAUGAAUAGGAUCUGGCUGUUGUACUUAAAGUGUAAGGGAAGAGUCCAUGAUAUUCAUUUGAUUUGAAAUUGUACUAAGCAGAAGGGGUGCAAGCAUCUCCAGAGCGUGAUGUUUACAUGCAGUGCUUCACCCGCUGCGAACAAACAGGUAGGCAAGUUUUCCAGAGAUGUGUGACACGAGAGCAGUUACACUGGUUCAAGUGGAUCCUGAGCACUGACGGUCAUUCUGGCCAUCAAACCAAAAGUUGAAUCCAACGAUUGCAUUCUGAUUCGUCCGUCAACGUUGGCUAUAAUAAUUGAACCGCGGGUUGGCCUGUUGACUGGAGUAAUAGGCCGUAAUGGUGCAUGAGCACACAUGAUUAGCGCACACAGGCCCUGUUAGCUGAACACCAAUGCCUACCAUUCAGUGCCUAUUUCCAUGGUUGCUCCACGUUGCGCUUCAAGAGGAUUUGCCUGCCUGUCUGCCAGUAUUUUCUUUUUUUUUUCUUUAUUUCAAAAGAAUGAUUCAUAGUCUUGUGAUUGAAUACUCAGGAAAAUAUUGUUACCUCAAGACAAGAAAGAAUAAGAAUGUAUGUAUUACCUUUAGGGUGUUGUAGGGAGCUCUGCGGGGCGGAUCAUAGCCGAGCCAGGGCUUUGAUAGGGAGUAGAACAUAUUCUGAACACCUCAGGGAAACACAAGUGGUUGAGGGCCCUCUUAUAUUACCAGGAAACAGGCACAUACACACUCUAUACACACACGUACACACACGCUCUAUACACACAUCCAUUCACACACGCACCGCACACACACUCACACAGAAAGGACAUGCAUAAUUCCUUCAUAUACUUCCUCAUAACUCUGGGAAAUUAAACGUGAGGUUGCUAUACCAAGGCCUGAAAUGUUGAAUGUAAUUCAGAUAUUUUUCUUAAAAAAAAAAAGGACAAUACAUGCCAUUAUGUACAUCGCUAAUGUUUUUAGAUAUAUGAACCAUAUUUUCUUCAUGUAUAGAUUGUAUUUCUCGUAUAGGUUUUGACGGAGAAGAAUUGUACCUGUUAAGUGUAAGUAGUUAGUAACGAUGGAAGCCUUUUGAUGGACAAACUUAGGACAAGUGAAGCACUCAAGCUGAACAGACGACAUAUCAGUAUAGAGAACUCUGCAGGGAGAAUUGAAUGUGUGAGCAAUGUGCAUCGUUACUUUCCAAAUCAUAUCACUUGGUAAUCAUUUUGAAGUUAUAACGUGUCACAGGUUAUUUAGUGCAUCACAACAACUGCACUAACAAUAUGUGAAGAUCGUGGAGGCAAUUCGUUGAUUUAGCAAACGGAUCAAAAUAUGCGGAUUAUACUAUAAGAUCGUUGACGUGAUGACGAUGGUGUCAGCUUUAAGUGUGCCAUACUUUAUUUCUUUGGAAUUUAACCUUCUUGGGUUUUGUAUUAAUUAGUCAAAAGGUAACCUUCUUUAUAAAAACUUGCACAGAGGGGAGAUUUUCUGUUUGCGUUAAUGGUAGGAUUUAGUAUGAAACUCAGUUUAGCACGUGAUGGAAUUACAUCUUUAGGCUAUUUUGAGAAAGCG